AUGAACUCACGGGGGUGCAACGUCUCGGAUGAUCCUCAGACCAUCUGUCCUAGCAGCUCACAACUUAGUGCAAUUGAUGAUUUAUUACUGAAGUUACCAAUCGAUCUCAUCGUCGAUAUAUUCUCGAGGUUGCCGUUGAAGUCUAUUGCGAGAUGUCGUUGCAUAUCGAAGCGGUGGGCCUCCUUUCUUCGCCGUUCUGAUUUCACGGAGUUGUUCUUGACCAAAUCUUUGGCUAGCCCGCAGCUUUUGUUCGCUUGCCGAACACAUAGGGAGUUGCUCUUCUUCUCUUCACCUCAGCUUCAACAUCCUGAUGAGAACUUGUCUACUAUAACCGCCAAUCAUCAUGUGAGUUUCCCCUUUGAGAGCUUCUAUGAUAUAUCUACUCCUGUCAAUGGUUUUGUCUGUAUACGAGAUGAUUUGAUGUUAAAAGAAAGGAAGACCCAAGAGCUUGUCUCGGUGAUAUGGUAUGAUCCCAUUGAGAAACAACACAAGGUAUUGGCAAUGAUCAAACGAUAUGAUACAGUUGUGGAUCAUCAAGUUCUCACAUUAAGAGGCUCCGGGAACAUGACAUGGAGAAAGGCUGAAUGUGGCAUACCCCAUUUUCCUCCGAAUCCAGACUCUAUUUGCAUCCGCGGUGUUUUGUAUUACACUGCUAGAGCUUCCAGUGGUGGUUAUAUGAUAGUUUGCUUUGAUGUCAGAUCUGAGAAGUACAGCUUUGUUAAAUUCACGGAAAGAGAAAAAUAUUUUGCAACUCUGAUAAACUUCCAAGGUAAAUUGGCUUCACUAAUGGCGCACCCCAACCCUCUUUUUAUUAGUGGAACAAGUACAAGUUUUGAGAUGUGGAUUUUACUAGACCCUGAAAAACAUGGAUGGUAUCCACGUAUUUUCAAUUUACCUCCUACGUGGAAGGAUGUAGUUGGAGGGGAGGAGUUAUUAUUUAGAGGAGUGACUGCUACAAAUGAAUUUGUUUUCUCCUGCAACUGCAAAUCUUCAUCUGAGCCUUUCCAUGUUUACUACUACAAUUUCAUCAAGGAAACUAUAACAAGAGUUGAAAUCCAAGGAAUGGGAGCGUUUGAGAGGGGUUCUAUAGUUGGUAUAUUUCCGAACCAUGGUGCAGAUUUGAAGCUUGUGUAA